GAUUGAUUGUUUCCGGAGAAGCUGCUAAUCGCUUCCAACACGGUUCCUGCGCGGCUUGCAGGUUCUCCACAGCGAGAAAAGGCCACGCAGCGCGCCGAGCUGUUUCUCUCCGCACAGCGAAGACUUUUGUGACAAUGAGGCAGUCGAGGCUUUUUUGUUGCUGUUCGGUUUGAGAGAGAGAGAGCUAGAGAGAGAGAGUUGAAAAAGUCAUUGAAGAAUUUUGUUGUUGUUCAGUUUUAGCGCAAAAUUUGAAAAUUAUUCUCAUUUUCCGCAUAGCACCGCAUUUGAAAUAUUUUGUGAGGUUUGACAGAGGUGCUCUCUACGACCAUGUCACCCCUCCUAGUCCUUGCCUCUAUGGCCUAUAUGGUCGCUAUCCUCAGCUCGAGCGGUAGCGCCGCUCGGAAACCGAACACUAAAUGGACCGGCGAAGCGGAGCUGGGUAGCGCACUUAGCGGCGGGGAUCAGUCCGUGGCAAUAGUGUUGUAUUGCAAAACGAAAAAUCAAGCUAAUCGUCCAGACAAUCGUCUAAUUUCAGUCGCCGAUGGAGCUACUUCUCGACUCCAAGACUACCCAAUCAAGAUAUACCGAGUCGAUUGCUCACAGUCCACCCUAGAUUACUGCAAGGCAAGUGACGAAGCGUUCCCUCGACUCAUCCUACACAGGCGCAAAGGAGAGAAUGUUGAGUUGUCGUACGCGGAGACAAGACAAGUGGACGGGCUGAUUUCCCGGGCACUGCAUUAUGUCCUCCUGGAUAUGCCCGCCCCCACAGAGAACACAUAUGAUCAGUCAUCAGAUGUUAGUUAUCCUAAUCCCAUUCGUGUACUGGAGACGUCCGAGGAAUACACCGAGCUGGCAAAGGAGUCAAAGCAAACGGCCGUCUUCUUCAUCCAAACGCCAUUUUCAAAAGAGCACACCAUGGCGUUGGAAAUGGCCUACCAUCAUGGUUACCUACUGCACUUUGCCUUCACACAUAACUGCUUCCACAUACACCACUACAGAGAUCAAUGUCCACAAGCCGAGACCAUGCUAGUCAUACUGCACUACUACCCAGAGAUAAUGCAGCACGGUGCCGACAUGUUUCUCAAGGACUUCGAUGUCAACAGUCUACAGACAUUCCUGUUUGUUCAUUCGCUACCUCCACUGAUCAUAUCACAGUCGGUACUGGAUAUAGUUCCAAGCCUGGAGCAGUCCAACCUGGAAGACUUGCAGAUCACGUACAUUGUGGCACCUAUGGACAUGUUCUUGGAACAUCAGACCGACUUCACCGCAGCGGCAGUUACGUACCGUGGCCUCUUUGCAGUCUGCCAUAUUGACCCGUCCGAUAAGAAGCUGGUGGCCCGCAUUCCCGAAGUGAAGAACUAUUUGGCGGAGAACAGCGCACCGGUGCUCAUCACGCGGCGUAGUGGAGAGCACCGUAAGCAAGUUAGCGGCACUACAACCUACCAGGAACCACUCUACAAUCAUAGCACGUUGGAGGAUCACUUACGUCAUCUCAUCGAACAGCUCUCGCAUACAGACGAACAACGGCCCAGCCUGGAUCAAGUACAGUCAGUGAGCGCCGAGGACUGGGAUAGCUUUCUGUUCAACACUCGCUACACAGAGCAGCAUGUCUUUACUAUACAGUGCGAUGAUACCUGCAAUACAAACAUCUUCGGCAUCUUCUUUCAAAUGCACCGCUCCAUGGUACUGGAUCCGGAGGGUGAGAAGAAGGCGACGCUGGUGUUCCUGGACCGACCGUCCAGGUUCUAUCCGGUCUUCCGACAUCAUCAUCAUCGCCAGCAACGGCCGGAUACCUACUCCGGAGAGUGGACGUUCGACGCACUCAUGGACUUUGUGGACGAGUACACCGGGUUGAAAAUUGGCCGCCAGCCGCCGCAGAAGGUGACGGAAGAGAAUCCGUUUGGAGAAGAGGAGGCACCACCCAUGGAAGAUGACGAUGAAGUCGCCCUAUCGGCUCACGUCAAGUUCCAGAGCAUGGGCGUAGGCUCUAAAACCAGCGUUCCUGAGCUGAAGCAUGCACAGUUCCUGGACAACCAGUUUGCCUCCGGACCGGAAGAAGUGAUCGUGCUACAUUUCGCCAACUUCUUCUCGCCCGUCUCUAAGGCAUUUGUACCCACCUUUCAGAAAGCUAUGGAAGCCAUGGCAGAUGACAGCUGGGUGAAGUUCAACUGGGUGAAUUGUGUAGAUUUGCAUGAUAUCUGCGAGCCGUUCAACGUGAAGCGAUUCCCGACGGUCGUGUUCAUGUCAUUUCCUCGCUCAUCUCGUCGCUACUCCGGUGCUCUGGAAGUUGAUGAGCUGGUGGCAGCCGUGCGUCAGUUCCGUCGAAACCACGCUGUGAAGCUGAAUAGCAUGGAGGAGUUCACGUCCUUGUCGAACAACCUUGUCCCUCAGCAGUGGGACAGACCACUUAGCAGGGUGUCCGUUGUCGUCGCUCUGCCUCAGCUGGAAGAUGAUGACCUGACUGCUCUGGACGGUCUCGGAUUGAACUUCUCCAUCACGGCCACGGUUGCAUACGCGCAGGGAGAACUGGCCAAGCAAAUAAGCAAUGGUGAACAGCUUCCGUUUGCAAUUGUCCUGCGACACAAUGACUUGCACCAGUCAGCAGUCAGGCGGCAGUUGAGUUCUCAAAGGCCACUGAGUGGAGUCGAACUGGCUGGUCUGGUGAAGCGAGCCGCUCUUCCGCUUGUGGGUCAGCUGUCUCCAGCCACACUCAGACUGUAUCGACCCCGCACUACUCGCCUGCUGGUGUUGUUCAGCGCUAGUGAUCUCAAUGAUCGCUCACUCUGGUCUGGUGACCCUGGCCAUGGGGAAAUCCCCGACAUGAACUUCAUCUUGCCCCGGGCUCUCCUGGAUGCAGCACUCAUGUACACGAACGGCUCGCUGAGCGUGGAGAGGAAAGACGAUGAACAGUCACCUCUGGUGUUUACAUGGAUGAUGGGAACUGGUCCACUAGCAGCUAGUAUCAUCUCAACGUACAUCUCUCCGCCAGAGAUGCCCUCUCUCAUAAUACUGGACUAUGAAAAGAAUGAGGUGUUUCGCUUCAGCUACCAGUGGGGAGCGUCCACAGUAGCAGUUGACAAGUGGGUGACAGCGUACUUGAACGGACAACUUACUGCAAGCUCUGUCCUCUACCCCGGCAAGUGGACACCGCAGAAGGAAGGCUACGACUUCCUCUCCAAGGCCGUUGAACGCGGCGAAGCGGUGGGCACGAACCCCGCCGACACACCCGCACCGGGUACGCAGAAGAAACGCUCUCGCAUCUCGACUCGCGGCGGCAGUACACCUGACCCUGACCAAGACAGUGAGGGCAGCAGUGCGAUGCCUGUACACGACAAUACAGUCGAUGUAGAUGAACAGGAGCAACUCGAUACGGCCGAAGUGCCCAGCGACGAGGUCAUCGACACGCGGGAGGGUGAAGACAUUGAUCAGAGCCACGACGACUCCGUGUGGGACCCGCAGUACGAUGGCGACGACAACGACGACAAUGCUUGGUCUGGUUCUAACUCUGACUCCCGCACAGGCUUCUCUCGGAGCGAACGUGUGCAAAGUGUUCACGAGCGCGAUGAGCUCUGAGAGCAAUUGUCCUUCUCAAUUGUCCCCAGCCCCCCCCCCCCCCCCCAACGUUCAAGCAUUCAGCCACUCUGCUAUCUGUCUUGGAGAUGGAUAUGAGUAUAACAGUGUGUUAUGACUCUCAUGGUGUGGUAUACAUGACUAUUGUCACAGUAUUGUGUCUAUAUUUCCAUAGCCGUCGCUGAGUUCGGUUUUAUACGAGAAUCAUAGUGGAGUGUUCCUAUCUUUCAAAUUUCAGAUUUGCUUGUCUAACACACGAAAAUUCUUGAAAGUAUUUUGCAGAGUUCCGAAUGGCAAACUGGCUACUCACUCUGAUAUCCGCUGAAGAUGAUCUGCCCGAAUCUCCAUCCGGGCAAGCGUGGUGUAUUGGACAGCUAUUAUUCUACAACAGUAUUAUGAAUUUAUGAUAACCAGCUUUUGAUAGCAGUAUUCAGCAAUUAUUUAAAAAUGUACAAGUAAUGUCGUAGUUAUGCGGGUAUGCUGUGUGUUCUUGUUCAGGAUAACAACGCUGAUCGCUCUACCAGUUUCUGCUGUGUGUUCGUGCUAACAGUUACGCUGUGCUCUCUGA